CCUCCUCGCCGGAACCCUAAAUGGACGCCGGUGCCGGCGCCGGCGCCGGCGCGCCCUACGCCUCCCGCACGGCGGAGGAGGUCUUCCGCGACUUCCGCGGCCGCCGCGCCGGCAUGAUCAAGGCCCUCACCCACGAAGUCGACAAGUUCUAUCAGCUCUGCGACCCCGAAAAGGAGAACUUGUGCCUUUAUGGUUUCCCUAAUGAAACGUGGGAAGUGACCUUGCCAGCUGAGGAAGUUCCCCCGGAGAUUCCUGAACCAGCUCUAGGAAUCAACUUUGCAAGGGAUGGCAUGAACGAGAAGGAUUGGUUGGCGCUAGUUGCUGUUCACAGCGAUUCCUGGUUACUGGCUGUUUCCUUCUACUUUGCAGCACGGUUUGGGUUUGACAAAGAGGCAAGGCGACGACUUUUCAACAUGAUAAAUAACCUGCCUACCAUAUUUGAAGUUGUGACCGGGGCUGCAAAGAAGCAAACCAAGGAGAAGCCCCCCAACAAUACACACAAGAGCAAUAAGCCAAGCAUGAAAAUGCCGUCAAGGCCCGAGUCCCAUUCAAAGGCACCAAAGAUGGCAGCGCCCCCAAAGGAUGAAGAUGAGAGCGGCGAGGAGUAUGGAGAAGAGGAGGAAGAGCGUGACAACACCUUGUGCGGGACCUGUGGAACAAACGAUGGCAAGGACGAGUUCUGGAUCUGCUGCGAUAACUGCGAGCGGUGGUACCAUGGGAAGUGUGUCAAGAUCACGCCUGCUCGUGCUGAGCACAUCAAGCACUACAAGUGCCCAGACUGCAGCAACAAGAGGGCGAGGGCGUAACGCCGAGAAGCAGCACCAGAGAGACCCGGAAUGGAACCAGCGCCAGCGCCAGAUCGUCAAUGCCUGCAGAUAUGGCCUAGCUUUCUAGCUCGUAGACUUUCUUUUCGUUUCAACCGAAAACUGUUAAUUAACUCUUGACCCUGCAGUUCAUGUUGCUCUUGACACUUGAGUUGUGUUUAAACCGUUGGUCGGUGUAGUAAUUACCAGCUUCGAUCUCUUCAGCGGAUGUGUCAAAGACUGUUCUUCAACUGAAAGGACCCGAAAGCUGACCAUUGUUUCUGUC